AAUCCUCCCUUUAUUCUCAAUUAGCAAACAAAAUUUGUUCAAUAACUGAUGAAAUAUAUUUAAAUCAGCAAAUAAUUUAUGUAUAGUACCUAUACGUAUUAGACGUUAAAAAGUUGUGGCAAUAAAAUUAUUCAAAUAUGGUAAAAAAUGAGCGGACAAAAUGCGAAAUAUAGACUGCUGGAAGAACAGCAUAAUCCUGGACCCAGUUAUAAUUGGUUCAGGCUAUGUGUUUUGUUUACUAUCUGCACCUUUUCUACAUUAGCAGUUUUCACAAUAUGGAAUACAAUCCUUAAUUACAGAGAUGCUCUAAAUGUUCCUCCGAAAGUUCUUGAACUACCACCAUGGCUAUCACAGCGUAUAGACUUGUAUACUUCAUACAUUCAAAAAAUGUAUUCGUCAAGGGCGCAUUAUGAUUUUCGAAAUUUUCAAACAUCUUAUUUAAAUGAGUCAAAUAUGACUGUUAAGAAAUUUGACGAUGAAACCAUAUAUUUGUCCAAAUGGGGGAACUUUAUAUAUCCAGAUAAUUUAAAAAAUAAAAAGUUAGUAUGUUAUUAUUCAUCACCAAGCUUUUUGUCGAUAGAUCCAUUUGAUAACUUGCAAAUAAGAGAUGUUGAUCCAUUUUUAUGCACCCAUAUAAAUGUUGGCUUAGUCCAUGUUGUAAAUGAUCGUUUAAAUAUCACCGAUGAUAUAAGAGAAAUUUUUAAUGAGACAAGAGCUUUAAAAAUUCGAAACCAUGAUUUAAAAAUUUUAGUUUGGGCCGGCGGUAUUAAUUCAAGAGGUUUCGCUCAAAUGGUUCAAAAUCAUGCCAGACGUAAAACAUUCAUACAAUCAUUAAAAUAUACAUUACAUGAUUAUUAUUUGGAUGGAGUUGAUAUUGAUUGGGAGUUUCCUAGCGCCUACAAUAAGGAGAAACAACAUUUUUCUCAGCUUCUUCAUGAAAUUAGACGAGAAUACCAAAGAGAACAUCGAACUUAUAUAUUAAGUGUUGCUGUUGCCGCUCCUGAAGGAAUUGCAUAUUUCGCUUACGAUAUACGAGAAUUGCAAAAUUAUUGCGAUUUCGUAAACAUUAUGACAUAUGAUUUUCAUUUUUACACAAAAGGUGCUCCGUUCACAGGUAUUAAUUCUCCACUUUAUGCCCGGCAUAAAGAACGUUCCAUUUUGGCUACAUUAAAUAUUAACUAUACUGUAAAUUAUUGGAACAAAAAUGGUUUGAACAAAAAUAAAAUUAUUAUUGGACUACCCACCUACGGACAUUCUUACAGGUUGGUAAAUGCAUUUAACCACGAAAUAGAAAGUCCCGCCAAAGGAUUUGGUUUGGUUGGGCGAAGCGGUUUUGCAUCAUAUCCUGCUGUAUGUUGGUUUAAAAAUAAUAAUAUAUAUGUUACUACAAAAUUCGAUACAGAAACUUGCUCACCUUAUAUGUAUGCUGGAUUAGAAUGGAUUUCAUUUGAAAAUAUCGAAAGUAUUGAAUGUAAGACAAAGUACAUAUUAGACAAUAAUUUUGGAGGUGCAAUGGUUUUUUCUUUAAAUACAGAUGAUUUUUCAGGAAAGUAUUGUUCUAAAAGUAAUUUUAAUAACAAAAAUCUUAGCAAGAAUUCCACAUUCCCCUUAGUUAGAAAAAUUCGUUCCAUUUUAUUUGAUCCAAUAUUACCUUAAUUGACUUUAUUUUUUAUUGAUUUCAAUGUUAUAAAGCUUUAUAAUUUGUGACCAAAAUGAAAAAGCAAAAAUGUGUUAAAAUUAUAAAAAAAUUAGGAAAAAAAUUAGAUAUUUAACAUGACAUUCCUACCAUACAUAUAUGUAUGUAUAAAUAUUUAUGUAUUUUAUGCAAAAAUUACGAUACCAAAGGUUAAAAAAAUUAGGUAUAUGACUAAGUUUCACCAAUUUUAACACAAAUAUCAGAUUUAAGAAUAAACACAAUAAUGAAAAUUUAUCAAACAAUUAUUAUUAUUAUUAAUAUAUUCAACUUACAAAUAUUAAUUUUUCAACAAUCAAUAUUUUGUUUUAGUAAAUACGUACUAUAAUAGAAAUAUCCUUCCCCAAAAUAUUAAUGGGAAUAGAAAAGUAGUAUAUUUAAAAAAACAUAAGUGAAAUAUAUAAGUCUAAGUAAAUUAUAAAAUAAAUAUUUGUAAAAUAUUACCCCAACAAAUUAUUUUAUCACAAAUCGCAAAUAAUAUUUUUGUAUUAAAGCAAAAUAGCUUCAAUCUUCAAGGUAACAUAUAUAGUGUCUUGGGGGAAACUUUAUUAUAUGGAGUAUGUUAAUAAAAAUCGUGAUUCUCUAAGUAAUAAUUAAAUUAGGAACUAUUCUCAGUCAUCCUAGUCAUAUGGAUAUUCAUUUUCAAAAGAUAGUUUACUAAGAUUUAGUUUUUAUUUCAAUGAGAUCAUUAAUUUAUGUAAGAAUCUAAAGAUAGGAACAGAAUAAUAAAUUGUAGUUUAAAAUUUUUUAAAAAAUUCUUUCUUAUAAUUUAUUUUUAUGUUAAAAAUUAAACCAUAUACGAAAAUUUAUCACUUUAUGUAAAUUUUUUUUUUGUAGAC